CGCCGCGUUACCGUGGCACCGCCGCCGCCGCGCCGGCCCUCGCGUCACCUCGGACGCGGCCCAGCCCAGGGCAGGGGCCGGGCUGGCCGUACCAUCUCCGUUACACCUGUGCCGCCCUCGGAGCGCCCUCGGGAGCGAGUUGACAUCUGGCCAUGGCGACUGAUUUAGGGAAACUGGUGGAAGAGGGGAGCGUUAAGGAGAUGCAAGAGAAGCUGGAGACCUGGCAUCGGGACUACCAGAAGAAUAGCUGUGGUGAAAAUAUGGACCGAUGCUGUGAAAUAAUAGAAUUGAACACUGCAAUUCAAAAGCGUCUCUUCUUAAUUCUCGAUGAAACAUCUAAAGCAGAUCCUGAGAGUGAAGCUGCAGAAAAAUUAAGAAAACGAUUCCUGCCAAACAAGACAGUAGAGACUUGUCCUCCAAAUGAGCCAGUAGAAACUUGUCAUUCCUGUUGUCAUUCAGAUUGUGAAAGCGAAUCCUCUGUCACUUCUCUGAAAGACUUGGCUGACGCUCAGACUUGUCGACUCCAAGAGCUGGAGGACAAUCUAGCUGCAACUCGUAUGCGGAUCCAUCACAUGGAAGAAGAUCUGUGUGCUUCCCGUGCUGAAGAGUGCCAAACCUUGAGGAACAUAGAGGAAGUGAAGGAAUAUGAGGAUAAGAUUCAAGCACUGCGGGAUGAUCUUUGUCUUCUGGAAGCCCGAAAGGCCGUAAUUGCAAACAGGCUUGCUGCGGGCAACUGUGCUCCCAAGUGCAAUCCCUGCUGCCCAGCUCCCGCCAAGCGCUGCUGCACCGCUCCCGCCAAGCGCUGCUGCACCAUGCCCAGCAAGCCCUGCUGCCCCCCUGCCAAAGGGAAGAACGGCUCCCCUGCCCAAACCAAGCGGGUCAACUCUUCGCGCCGCGCCUGCCUCAUCGCUCGCUAUAGCUUCAUUUUUGCUCAUGAGCGCAUGGAUGCAGAGGCCACUCUGAGGACAUUCAUCUGUGACAUGGAGUUGGUGCAGAGGAUAAUAUACAUUGCAGCUUUGGAAUGUUUCCGUGUAGCAAAGAUGGCCUUCUGGAAGAUCAAAACAACUGUAAAACAUAAUUUAUCUCUGACUCACUCGGAACCUCCGCCACUUGAUGUUGCUGUCCUGGAUUAUAUAAUUUACCACAAAGAUGUGUAUGAUGUUUUUGAGAGUGUCCAUGAAGUCAUAUGCGCCAUGGACAUGAACCCAAAGAUUUCAUAUCCACCAGUAGUUGAUUUUGUUGUGAUCACCACUUUGAUUAAAGAAUUGUGCGCUGUGGCUUUUGCAAUGCAGACACUCGAUCCUCCUCUUGACGUUACUUGUGGUAUUGAUGGAGAACUUUUCAAUAGGACCAUGUACUAUCGUAGCUCUGACUCAGAUCACACAGCUGGCUAUGUGGCCUAUCACGUCUGGCCUCCUCUGAUGGAAAAUGGUGUUGUAAUUGUGAAGGGAGAGGUAGUCACUAGAAGUAUGAGUUUUCGCAAAAAAAAAAGUAGAAGCAGAAGCUGCAGCUGUAGCCGUCGCCUCGCGCCUGGUCAAGUGACUCGAAGCCGCAGUCUUUCAACAGUGGGGGCCAGAAAGUCAAAGAAUGGUAACUGAACAUGUUCCUGUGGUGCAGUGUAUCUGGAUCAACAAAYGUUGCUGAUGCCUUUUCUCUUCAGGAAUACCUCACAUCUCUCAAUAAUGUGAAUGGCAAUUGUAACUUCAAAUGGAGUUUGUGUUCAGUGUGUUUUUUAGAAUUAUAGAAAGCUUAUUAAUGAUUUUAGAAACUAAACUCUUUUGAUU